CGGGAAUCGGCCAAAUGAAGUUACGACGUUUCGAUCCCGACGGGGCCGGCCGUCUACAACAGCGCGAACUUUGACAGUGUUUUCUAAAUAGCAUACUGCAUACUUUUAAAUAGCAUACUGCAUAGACCUCUCCUGAUGAAGCCCUCGUGUACACCCGAACGUUCGCCACUUGGCGGGGAACAGUUACAUGUUGAGUUGUCUCGAAAGCGGCGACGGUGCUCAAAUGCGUCGGAUGUCGAUCCACUAAAGUCAAAGACAGUGACGCUGACUGUGCCAGCAUCGCCUGCUGACACGCGCAACUUCAAAGGAACAACAUCGUGGCAAGAACCGGCCCAUAAGCCCGGAGAACCCGCCAUCUCAAAGAUAGUUGCGCUAGCUAUAAAGUUGGUGCUUCAUAAUGCGAAGCGGUGCGCCCCUGUUCUAGAGCGCCUCCUAAAAGAGCGCCCGCGAGCCCCCGGAGCGGACCUGCAGGAUCCGAGCUCUCUCGCAGCCUACAUAACUACAAUUCGGGCGCAGGGGGGCAAGAUUAAGUGGAGAUCUGAAGACGAGCAGAUAAUGUACGACUACCUCACCACGCUGCGGCCGGACGACAAGGUCAAGACCAGGCACGCCAUGCAGAUGCUGGGCAUCGCCCACCUCUCCGGCGACGACAAGCUGUGCAACACGCUGUGCGCCAAACUCAACUCGCUGCGCAACAAGAUGAAGCACGGCGCUGUGGGCAGCGAGCCAGCCGAUGAAGAGGACCAUCCCAGGCGCCGGGCGGCCAGCGUGGAUUACAAGGGUCUGCUCAAGCGCGCCUAUCUGGCUCUACCGGGUCACAAGGGCACGCUGGCUGAGGCGGCCCGGGUGCUGGAGGCGGACCCCGAGGUCAGCCCGCAGCUGGACAGGAGGCUGUACCGCUCCUCCAAGCGCACCCCCAUCUGGCGGCAGUACCUCCGGAACGCCAGGAGCAGGUGCCCCCAGCUGGUGAAGACGGGCGAGGAACGCGGCGGCGACAUGGUCCUCCGCUGGCACAUGGAGGCGGAAGGGACGGAGGAGAAGGAGGCGACGCAGCAGCAGGGCGAGGAGAGGGAGGAGGAGAAGAAGACCAAGGACCAGAAGAAGAAGAACAGGAAGGAUGAUAGGAAGAAGAAGAAAGCCAGGGAGGGGAAGGCGGACAGGAGGGGUUCUACAUAGUCCCUUGCGCGGCCGCAGCUGUGGGCAGCCGGGCAUGAAGGAGCAGGGGGAGGAGAGGGAGGAGGGGCCCACACCACGUGGUGCUGGGCGGGCAGGGGAGAUGCCGGUCAGGCGGAAGAGGCGUCAGUGGCGUUGUACAUAUCAGGGGUGUAUAACAGCAGCGGGUCGAGCUGGAUCGCGUGUUGCAGCAGGGUGGUCUUAUUAUUAAUGCCAAAAGCGAGCGAUCAUUAGUAGACAUAUAUUGGGCCGUGUGCCCAUACACGUUGCAUAGCGCCUGGCGACGGGCGCUCUUGCCCUGCAGCAAUACGGCCUCAAGGCUUUGGUAUUGUCCAGGUUAUUUCUAGGUCGUGGUGGUGAUUACCAAUUUGGGUGGGCAAAGCCCGAAUUUGCUAAGCCGUUGUGAUAAUAAGGUUAUAGGAUAGGAUAAGCAGGACAUGUCGUACAGGUCCUCGAAGGUGCAGUCGAGGCUGGUCCGCGCGGUGUUGGAAUGUUGGGUGGUAGGAGGUGUUGGGUGCGCCGGCUGGGACUGUUGUGUCGCCCGCGAGGCUAUGGCUGCUGGACGGGGGCCGCGGUGGGGCGCUCGGUGAUGCGUUUUCACUGUCGAGAGGCCGCCAGUGUUUGUAUCGUGAUUGGGAAUUACGUACACCUAAUCCCCCUGGUCGUCUGCGGAAACCGAGGUGGUUGUUAAUUAUUGGGUCCGUGUUCCCUCGUUCGCUUGUGUAGGUCCUGUCACACCCCGGGGCUGGGCCUCGGCAGGGUGGAAGGGUUGUGUUUUGGUGGCCGCCUGAUCCCCUCCCCUCCUAGUUCCCCAUGACUGUGAGAGUGUUCUCUCUGGAUUCAUAGCAUUGUAUAGCAAGAAUGCUGCACUGACUCCCCCAUCAUCGCGCAAAAAUAAAUAAUUAUUUCGGAAAAUGCGCAGUUUCGCGCAAAGUUAAAUAAUUGCUGAGAGGGCUGCGCGAAACUGGGGAAACCCCUCGGGACCCUUCCCCGCACCCCCAACAUGCCCC